UAUGGGAAUUAUUAUCUACUACCUAACACAUAUGUCCCGCCUCAGCUCUCAUCUUCCCCAGACCCCAUUCCACCCUCACAGCAGCCCUCGCCUGUUACACUGCCAGUCCCAUCCCGCGGUGCUUCAGAACCUCCCUGCCAGUCCUUCCACAACUCCACAUACCCCUACUCUGGCUUUCUUUAGGAUAUGGUCACGUGGUGCAGCUCGCAACCCGAUACUUCCCAUGCAUCGAGCUAGACACGCCCCUCCGUCUGUCAUCGCACCCGCCCACACCUUGGUCACGUGUCUGGAAUGUCAGCGCUUCCUGUGUGUGGAUCAGCUGCUGCGUUCCACCUGUUAGUGUGUAAAUGCCGGAAAGGAACAGCCGUACCCGGGGAAGGGUUGGCGAGAGCAGGAAGUCCAUGGCGGUUGCAGAGAAUGUGUCCAGCUGUUCACUAAGCGCUAUGUGGGAUUGGUCUCAUUUGUCAUUGUCUGGGACCCCACCGGCUGUGCCCAUGUUGGAUGCAGCUGCCGACCUGCUGGUACUGGAGAGAAAAUUUGCACCGUCCCUGGAACUGUGUGAGAGAGGUCUACAGAUCCUGAGUGCUGAAGCAAUGGAUGCAAAGUGUGAGCAGGUGAAGACGUCUCUGUGUACCAUCGGGAUUCAGUGUUUGGCCGAGUUGGGGCGAUGGAGGGAAGUGCUUCCUUGGCUAAUGCAAUAUUACCAAACUCCACAGGAGAUGCCGUGCAAUCUUAUGGAGAUGUGCAUUUUGUUAUAUGGAAAAGUAAAGCAGCCUCAAGUUAUGCUGGACGUGAGCAGUGAUUGGUUGCAAGUUCAAGGCAAUCGGCUACUACCGAACUGCUGCAGGGUUGCGGAGCUCCAUCUGCUGCACAUACUGUUACCCCUGGGGCUGUUCUCCGAUGCCGAAGCUCUGGCUCAGGAAUCUGAUGUGUUCACGGAAAAGCAGCAGGAAGUAGUAUUAACGGUUGUAAAUAAACACAGGAGGCAUUGGGAAGAGGAGGAAGCUGCUGCCAUAUCAGAGAGAAACCAGCACAGCCAACUGGAGACAGAGACAAUGGGACAAACUGGUAAGGUACAGAGGAGAAUCCUAAAUGUUGCCCAUCUGCUGUUAAGAGCACUGGGAAUGGUUGCAGGACUAAUACGAAGGGCACCUCUCCGGAACAUAGCCCUCGCUGUUUUACUCAUCUCCGUUAUUCUACUGCGACUGGAUCCGGCAUCCCCUGCAGCCUACGGUCCUAUAUCCAGCCUGAUCCUCUUGCUCCGCCAAACCAUUGCCAGCAUUUUCCAGAGACAGCCAGACCGGCAGAUGUGAGCUUUCUGAGAGUUAAAUGGAAGAAAACCCAAAACACUGAUUGUUGUAUCUGAAACAUUGUAAUAAUGCAGAAUUACAGUGGUGCUCUGUCGGACCUUGUAAAGGGAAAGUUCAGUUUAGAUUUAAUAUCAAAGCUCAAGCUGCUGUGGCUGUUCAACGUGCAUACGGGAUCCUCCUAUUAGGAUCCUGCUGCUUUUUCCAAAAACCCUAGAGAAACUCUAAAAUUUAAACCUGCCGCUAAAAUGGAAUUUUCACAUCAUUACUAUUUUAAUGCUAACGACGUUCUUUCUACAAAUCAUUAAAUGGGCGCUGCUUCCUGAUCUAUUGUUAAUGGCAGCUGAUGCAUUUCUCUUUUAUGUCGCAGCAGCAGAGAAAGUGUUAAUUGUGUUCCAAAACUGGGAUAUUUGGCUCCGGAUGUCGCUGAACUACACUGGGAGCUGCAGUGCGGCUGCAAUAAAAAUGCUCCAGUUAUUUCCGAUUUAGAAUAUCCGUUGCUAUUUGCGCUCAAAUUGCAGUCAAUUUUUUUUUUUUAAUAAUGAAAUAGAAUUAACCUUGGCCCCAGGCUUUGAUCUACAGAUUUGUAUCUGAAUGGAAAGACUUUGUCAUUUAUUUUAGUAAUAUUCCUUAAUUUAUUGGUCUCAUUCUGAUCACUUAUUUGUACAAUAAAAUCAGUU